AUGGGAGAAAAAUAUGAUGGCAGGAGGGCUGAUGUUUGGUCCUGUGGCGUUAUUUUAUACGCCCUCCUCGUCGGUGCACUACCAUUCGACGACGAUAACUUAAGACAACUUCUUGAAAAGGUGAAGCGUGGAGUGUUUCAUGUGCCACAUUUUGUGCCUCCCGAUUGUCAACAACUGCUGAGAGGAAUGAUCGAGGUGAAUCCUGAGAAAAGAAUGACACUAGCAGAAAUAACCCGACAUCCAUGGGUAACAGCUGGUGGUCGAGGGGAACUUGAGCAAGAAUUACCCAUGAUGGAGGUGGUUCAAACAAGAGUUCUACCAUCGGCUGAAGCUAUAGAUCCAGAUGUACUUCAAGCUAUAUGUAGCCUGGGCUGCUUCAAGCAUAGGGAUAAACUGAUUCAGGACUUGCUUAGUUCACACCAUAACACAGAGAAAGUGAUAUACUUUCUUUUAUUGGAGCGAAAACGGCGUAGACCAGCACGUGACGAUGAACCAAGACCCCCCGCGUUGGCGGCACCCACUGAUCCGCCGCGGAAACGACUCGAUACUUGUCGAGUGAAUGGUCAAUCAGCACAUUUUGGACAGAUAAGUGAAGGGUCACCAAUCACACCAAGAAGGUCGCAGUUCAGGUUUUGUCACAGCAGGUCUUCCAGUAGGCGAACGGAAGGGAGAAACUCCCCCCAGCUAUCGGCAAGUCCUCCUGGACACACGCCACACCGGGUAUCUUCUUUAGGAGGCACCCCGGCGACGCCUGGAUCACCCCUAGCAUCGCCAUCGGUUCGUGAACAUCACCAUCAACGAGCUAACUCAACUGGACCUACGAUCAGUUUAAAUAUCAGCGGCGAACCCGGAGAAGCGGUAAUAAUUAUAAACGAAUCGCCGAUGGUCGGUUCGUCUGUCGCUGUGAGACCGCACAGUCCGUCUCAUUCACACAGAGUGCGUGAGCGAUCAUCACUUCCCGGUCCCACGGCACAGUCGCCUGCGCAGACAUCUUUGUUCCCGAAUCUUGGAACUAUAGCGGUGCCCGGAGGCGCUUCAUCAUCGGGGGCGGCGGCACCAUGGCGCGCCAGACUCGCCACCAUCAAGAAUUCCUUCCUCGGCUCACCUCGUUUCCAUAGGAGGAAGAUGCAAACGUCAUCAGAAGAGGUCCACCUAACGCCCGAGAGUUCCCCGGAACUAACGAAGCGGUCCUGGUUCGGAUCCCUGCUGCUAUCUGCUGAUAAGGAGGAAACCUUCACUGCCCUCGUCAAGGGGAAACCGCUGGCAACUGUUAAAGCUGAUCUUAUACAUGCUUUCUUGAGCGUAAGUAUCUCUAGAUUAAUGGCAUUUAUUUUUUCUUAA